AUGUCAUCUAUCCCAGAUGGCGGCGAUGUGCAAUUAGAAUUCAUGACUACCGGAACCGUCCGCAUCCGACCCUCAAUGCGCUCACAGCCAGCCAGCAAGUUUGGAUUAUUUCGGCGUAUCCGAUCACUUCUGGACAGAGAAUGGACUGAGCCCCUACCAGUGGGUGUAUUUUUGAUUCGCCAUCCCGAAGGUCUAUUCCUCAUGGACACCGGUCAAUCUCCCUGCUGCAACAACCCGGGAUAUCUCCCAAGACUUGCCUUCUUCAAUGGAUUCCUCAGUCAAUUUACUAUCGAACACCACGAUGGAAUUCUAGAGCAGCUUCAUGAGCACGGAAUCAAAGCAACCGAUCUCAAAGCGGUUAUCCUAAGCCAUCUCCACAAUGAUCACGCGGGUGGGCUGGAAGACCUUGUCGCAGAAGCGCCCAAUCUACCUGUCUAUAUCAGCCGCGAACACUGGCAAGCCUUUGGAGAACAUCCCGUUUUUGCAAGCAUGGAAGGUGCUACUCCCAAUCACUGGCCUCAAGACUGGUCUCCGCUCGUCGUUGACCUCCAUGAUACUCCACUUGGACCUUGGAAACAGUCUUAUCCUGUGACCAAAGAUGGAAGAAUACAAAUUGUCGAUACGUCAGGUCAUGUCCCGGGGCAUAUUAGUCUGGUGGUCUACGGAAAUGAUGGACCUGGAGAAUAUAAAGUCACUUACUUCCUUCCUGGCGACGCGACUUACGGAUUGGAUCUUCUAGAUAAGGAGCAGCCCGACGGUAUCAAUGAUGAUCCCAUGCGUGCGCUUCAGACAUUGAAGACCAUCAAGGAAUAUGCCAAAGCCACUGAUGUGGUGGUUCUACCUAGUCAUGAUGUCAAUACUCCUCGAUUACUUGCUGAGCGAGUAGUCUAUCGACCAUAG